CCGCGCCUUCCCCCGGAGCGAAGGAGGCGGGUUUUGGCCUCUUGCCUUAGGGAGCGAGUGCGGAGGGAGUGGGAGUGGGACUGCCCCGAGUGGAAGUGGCUGCCUCUCCGGAGAGAGCCUGCUGUACUCCUCGCUGCUCAUGAACUCGUUUUCCGGCGAGCAGCGCCGUCGUUAGGCCGGCCCCGUAGCCUCUGCUUCCCCCGGGACAGGCCCACGCCUCGCCGGGGAGGGGGCAGCCCGUCCAGGCGCCUCCCUCGUCAGCGUCUGCGUCGCGCUGCGACCCUGGAAGCGGGAGCCGCGGCGAGCGAGAGGAGGAGCCCCAGCGGCGGCGGCGGCGGGCAGCAGCACGAGCAGCGCCGGCGGGCGGGAUCGAGGCCGGCAACAUGGCGAGCGCCUCGUACCACAUUUCCAAUUUGCUGGAAAAAAUGACAUCCAGCGACAAGGACUUCAGGCCGUUGCCCGUCUCUGGUCCUAGGCCUCUUCUGCGUCCCCCACCGCAUGCUCUGCCCUCCCAGGACGUGACUUUCGCGUCCCAGGUUUAUGGCUACAAAUGAUUUGAUGACAGAACUGCAGAAAGAUUCCAUCAAGUUGGAUGAUGAUAGUGAAAGGAAGGUAGUGAAAAUGAUUUUGAAGUUACUGGAAGAUAAAAAUGGAGAGGUACAGAAUUUAGCUGUCAAAUGUCUUGGCCCUUUAGUGAGUAAAGUGAAAGAAUACCAAGUAGAGACAAUUGUAGAUACCCUCUGCACUAACAUGCUUUCUGAUAAGGAGCAACUUCGAGAUAUUUCGAGUAUUGGCCUUAAAACAGUAAUUGGAGAACUCCCUCCAGCUUCCAGUGGCUCUGCAUUAGCUGCUAAUGUAUGUAAAAAGAUUACUGGGCGUCUUACCAGUGCAAUAGCAAAGCAGGAAGAUGUCUCUGUUCAGCUAGAAGCCUUGGAUAUUAUGGCUGAUAUGUUGAGCAGGCAAGGAGGACUUCUUGUUAAUUUCCAUCCUUCAAUUCUGACCUGUCUGCUCCCCCAGUUGACCAGCCCUAGACUUGCAGUGAGGAAAAGAACCAUUAUUGCUCUUGGCCAUCUGGUUAUGAGCUGUGGAAAUAUAGUUUUUGUUGAUCUUAUUGAACAUCUUUUGUCAGAGUUGUCCAAAAAUGAUUCCAUGUCAACAACAAGAACCUACAUACAAUGUAUUGCUGCUAUUAGUAGGCAAGCUGGUCAUAGAAUAGGUGAAUACCUUGAGAAGAUAAUUCCUUUGGUGGUAAAAUUUUGUAAUGUAGAUGACGAUGAAUUAAGAGAGUACUGCAUUCAAGCCUUUGAAUCAUUUGUGAGAAGAUGUCCUAAGGAAGUAUAUCCUCAUGUUUCUACCAUUAUAAAUAUAUGUCUUAAGUAUCUUACUUAUGAUCCAAAUUAUAAUUAUGAUGAUGAAGAUGAAGAUGAAAAUGCCAUGGAUGCAGAUGGUGGUGAUGAUGAUGACCAAGGGAGUGAUGAUGAAUACAGUGACGAUGAUGACAUGAGUUGGAAAGUGAGACGUGCAGCUGCUAAGUGCUUGGAUGCUGUAGUUAGCACAAGGCAUGAAAUGCUUCCAGAAUUCUACAAGACCGUCUCUCCUGCACUGAUAUCCAGAUUUAAAGAGCGUGAAGAGAAUGUAAAGGCAGAUGUUUUUCAUGCAUACCUUUCUCUUUUGAAGCAAACUCGUCCUGUGCAAAGUUGGCUGUGUGACCCUGAUGCAAUGGAACAGGGAGAAACACCUUUAACAAUGCUUCAGAGUCAGGUUCCCAACAUUGUUAAAGCUCUGCACAAACAGAUGAAAGAAAAAAGUGUGAAGACCCGACAGUGUUGUUUUAACAUGUUAACUGAACUGGUAAAUGUAUUACCUGGGGCCCUAACACAACACAUUCCUGUACUUGUACCAGGAAUCAUUUUCUCACUGAAUGAUAAAUCAAGCUCAUCAAAUUUGAAGAUUGAUGCUUUGUCCUGUCUAUAUGUAAUCCUCUGUAACCACUCUCCUCAAGUCUUCCAUCCUCAUGUUCAAGCUUUGGUCCCUCCAGUGGUGGCUUGUGUUGGAGAUCCAUUUUACAAGAUUACAUCUGAAGCGCUUCUUGUUACUCAACAGCUUGUCAAAGUAAUUCGUCCUUUAGAUCAGCCUUCCUCGUUUGAUGCGACUCCUUACAUCAAAGAUCUAUUUACCUGUACCAUUAAGAGGUUAAAAGCAGCUGACAUUGAUCAGGAAGUCAAGGAAAGGGCUAUUUCCUGUAUGGGACAAAUUAUUUGCAACCUUGGAGACAAUUUGGGCUCUGACUUGCCUAAUACCCUUCAGAUUUUCUUGGAGAGACUGAAGAAUGAGAUUACGCGGUUAACUACAGUGAAGGCGUUGACACUGAUUGCUGGGUCACCUUUGAAGAUAGAUUUGAGGCCCGUCCUGGGAGAAGGGGUUCCUAUCCUUGCUUCAUUUCUCAGGAAAAACCAGAGAGCUUUGAAACUGGGUACCCUUUCUGCUCUAGAUAUUCUAAUUAAAAACUAUAGUGAUAGCCUGACAGCUGCCAUGAUUGAUGCAGUUCUAGAUGAGCUCCCACCUCUUAUCAGCGAAAGUGAUAUGCAUGUUUCACAGAUGGCUAUCAGUUUUCUUACCACACUGGCAAAAGUGUAUCCCUCCUCCCUUUCAAAGAUAAGUGGAUCCAUUCUCAAUGAACUUAUUGGACUUGUUAGAUCACCUUUAUUGCAAGGGGGAGCUCUUAGCGCCAUGCUAGACUUUUUCCAAGCUCUGGUUGUCACUGGAACAAAUAACCUAGGAUACAUGGAUUUGUUGCGCAUGCUGACUGGUCCAGUUUAUUCUCAGAGCACAGCUCUUACUCAUAAGCAGUCUUAUUAUUCCAUUGCCAAAUGUGUAGCUGCUCUUACUCGAGCAUGCCCUAAAGAAGGACCAGCUGUAGUGGGUCAGUUUAUUCAAGAUGUCAAGAACUCAAGGUCUACAGAUUCUAUUCGCCUCUUAGCUCUACUUUCUCUUGGAGAAGUUGGGCAUCAUAUUGACUUAAGUGGGCAGCUGGAACUAAAAUCUGUCAUAUUAGAAGCCUUCUCAUCUCCUAGUGAAGAAGUCAAAUCAGCUGCAUCCUAUGCAUUAGGCAGCAUUAGUGUGGGCAACCUUCCUGAAUAUCUACCAUUUGUCUUACAAGAAAUAACCAGUCAACCCAAAAGGCAGUAUCUACUGCUUCAUUCCUUGAAGGAAAUUAUUAGCUCUGCAUCAGUGGUGGGCCUUAAACCAUAUGUUGAAAACAUCUGGGCCUUAUUGCUAAAGCACUGUGAGUGUGCAGAAGAAGGAACCAGAAAUGUUGUUGCUGAAUGUCUAGGCAAACUCACUCUAAUUGAUCCAGAAACUCUCCUUCCACGGCUUAAGGGGUAUUUAAUAUCAGGCUCAUCAUAUGCCCGAAGCUCAGUGGUUACAGCUGUGAAGUUUACUAUUUCUGAUCAUCCACAGCCUAUUGACCCACUAUUAAAGAACUGCAUAGGUGAUUUCCUAAAAACUUUGGAAGACCCAGAUUUGAAUGUAAGAAGAGUGGCCUUGGUCACAUUCAACUCAGCAGCACAUAAUAAGCCAUCAUUAAUAAGGGAUCUUCUAGAUACUGUUCUUCCACAUCUUUAUAAUGAAACAAAAGUUAGAAAGGAGCUUAUAAGAGAGGUAGAAAUGGGUCCAUUUAAGCAUACAGUUGAUGACGGCCUGGAUAUUAGAAAGGCAGCUUUUGAGUGUAUGUACACACUUCUAGACAGUUGUCUGGAUAGACUUGAUAUCUUUGAAUUUCUAAAUCAUGUUGAAGAUGGUUUGAAGGACCAUUAUGAUAUUAAGAUGCUAACAUUUUUAAUGUUGGUGAGACUCUCUACCCUUUGUCCAAGUGCAGUACUGCAGAGGUUGGACCGACUUGUUGAGCCAUUACGUGCUACAUGUACAACUAAGGUAAAAGCAAACUCAGUAAAGCAGGAGUUUGAAAAGCAAGAUGAACUAAAGCGAUCUGCCAUGAGAGCAGUAGCAGCACUGCUAACCAUUCCAGAAGCAGAGAAGAGUCCACUGAUGAGUGAAUUCCAGUCACAGAUCAGUUCUAACCCUGAGCUGGCAGCCAUCUUUGAAAGUAUCCAAAAAGAUUCAUCAUCCACUAACUUGGAAUCAAUGGACACUAGUUAGAUGUUGGUUCAACCUGGGGACCAUUACAUUGACCAUAUGAUGCACUGAAUUGACAGGUUAAUCAUAAGACAUGGAAAGAGAAGUAAAGCUUCAAAAUGUUCCACUUUUUUUUUUUUCCUUCGUGGAGACAGUUUGACUUUCUUCCAUUGUUGUUUUUGUAGCAUUUAUUUCAGAAAUACGUAUUUCCAUAAUCCAGAGGUUGUAAAACCACUAAUGGUUUAGUGGUUAGGGCAACAUUUAAAAUGACAUCUAAAAGUUAGGAUUGAUGGAGAUAGGGUCCAGUAUCUAUUUACCCUGUAAUGUUUAGGAUUAAAAUGUUAAAAUUUUGUGACCAUGAA